ACUGUAUCAAUAUUUCUUAGUAUAUGUCACUGACAGUUGACAAGACAGUGAAUUGAUUUUUCGAAAAUGUCUUUGGCGGACAAGAUAUCAAUGCUUAUGGCGCGGCCAGGGGGCGACAAUGCCGCAAAAGAUGACGUUCCCUGGUGGAUGCGAUAUGCUGGUCGAGGUCUUGGAACAGUUGGCAGUGCAAUCGCCAUAUUCCUCGGUCUGCUGAAUUGCAUCACCAUACUCCCUUUCAACGUCCUCUGUAUCCCUGCUGGCGUGUGGCAGAUGCUAGCCGGCUUCAUAGUGAUGGUGUGCGAGGCGCCCUGCUGCUGCUUCUUCAUAGACUACAUACAGGUGCUGUCCGACAAGGUGGAGUCCAGGCCGUAUUGGCAGAAGGGAGCGCUGUAUAUUGGUCUCGCUCUGCCUCCUUUCUUCCUGUGUCUGCUGAGCGUGAGCACGUUCCUCGGCAGCGGACUGAUCUUCGCCACCGGCGUCGUGUACGGCAUGAUGGGAGUCGGAAAGAAGGGUUCCCGGGACGACAUGGCGGCGAUGGCUGCGGGCGGGUCGACGCCACCCGGCCCGCCCCAGGACAGCACCGUCACGCUCAUGGAGGACCCCGACGUCUGGCGCCCCAACUAAGGCGUCCGUGGAGGAGAUGCGGACCGCUGCGACCUUGGAGGCGGGAGCCAGCGCCGUCCCUCGAGCGAAACUCGUCGCCAACGAGCAGCCGUUCAGCUUCACCAGUCCCCCCGCCAAGUGAUGAUGACCCCUCGCCGCUCACAUCCUGGUCUCCGACCUGUGCCACACAGCUGGUUCACUUUAGUUCCAUCCUUCUAAGAGAUAAAUGUCAUUCCUCUUCGUGUAUUCUGUCUUUACAGUCCACCCCCCUCCCCCAACCCCUCACCACCAGCCCCUCCUCGUCUCCUUUUCAUCUCGGGUCGUUUUUCGAUCCGUCUCGUUAUAUUUGACUGUAAAGUAUUUAAUAUCCUGAAUCCUAACUCACCGCGAAGUUAAUCCCGUGAUUUUAACAGGUACAUUGAGUUUACGUUCUAUAUUUAUUUAUUAAGUGAUUUACUUUUGACUGAGUUUUUAUUUAUUAUAUGUGUAAAGAGAAUUCUUAUUUAAACUUUUUUUUAUAUAAAUCACGUGCAUUUUGAUUUUAUUGUUAGUGAAAUUUUGAAAAAUUUGUAGAAAUCAUUAUAUUAUGUAACAACACUACGUAAAUAAUCAUUUUGUACGGGAGUGAAAAUGGUGUACAUUGUUUUGGAUCGUUUUUUUUAUUAUGUUUAUUAUUCUCUAGCUUCUUGAAUUGAAAUUUACAAAAUCAAAAAUAUAUCAUAGAAAAGUGUUUUUUUUAAAUAUAUUUUUCAGGGUCGUUGUUGUAUCUGUCAAACUAAUGUCACCACGAUUAUAUAAAUAUGACGAGUUUUGUUCGAUUAUAAAGAAAAUUUGCCCAUUUUAAUAUUAUAGUGCUGCUUUCAGUGAACAUGCCAAAAUAUUAUUAAAACAUGCAAUAACUAUAGAUUCUAUUAUUGAAAUUAAUGUUGGACGGAGUCGUCUUUGUAACGGCUUGUCGUUUUCGCUGAAUUUUUGACUAUUUCUAUGAAAAUGCAUUUGUAAUCUAUUUCGAGGUCCAAUUGUAUAUGUUUUCGUCCCAUUUCAUAAAUUAUUGGACGUUCAAAUUUAUCAUAGGCCAAGUACCUGACAAGUUUAUGAAUUUAGUAUUUUGAAGUCCAAGCGCAUUGCGUGUAGUGUUGUAUCGAGGGACAGAGUACCGGGGAAAUUUUGAACACAAUGUUUUAUUUUGAAACUCGUAAUUUCAUGUUAAUUAAUAUCAUGGCCUGGAGAUGUUCUCUAUGUAGUAAAAUAAUGAAAAUGAUGAAAAAUAAUAAUAUAAAUGUUGUAACUGUUAAAAUUACUCGCUUGAUGAGAAAAAACUAUGUAAUUUGAUAUAUCUUAUUUAUUUCAUCUGUGAGUUCAAAAUACUCAUAGAAUAUGUCGUUUAAAUGUGUGUUAUUCAAGCCACUGAUUUACUGGCUAUUAUAAGUGAAACGCCUGCCCCGGCAAGAACAUCUAACAAAAAAUCUUACGUUUUUAAAAGUUAUUCAAUUUAUAUAAAACAAAAAUAUGUAUAAAUAUAUAACAUUAAAUGACAUCGUACAUUCCUUUGUACCCAAUGGUCUCAAGAGUAGGUGUUUGAUAUGAGUUUUCUCUGACUGUAUAUGACAGUUUUUGAAAACAUAAAUCUGUAUGAACCAAUGUUAAGAGCCGCGUGAUGUAAUAGUUCCAAUACUAUUUGUAUAUGUUGAUAAUGUUUGUAACGAGUUAGCUACAUGAAGUAUUAUUGCAUGUAAGAGCGACCCUAGUCCUAGAUAACAUUAGCCGUAGUUAAAUGUUGCUCACGGCAAGUCUAUGCUCUUAUAGAAUGUCAAUGGAAUUGCUUAUUUCUUUAUUCCCGUGCUUCCCUCGUCACGGUCUCCGUAUCUACCGUUCUGUUUAAGUUAGUCCUGUAUCUAUUCCAUCACUUGUUACAUGUACAUAGUGAAAUUGUUCAGAGUAGGUAGCGUUAAUUGAUACAUUAUGUAUAUGUGUUUCUUUGGUAGCUAAAAUGUUGAUCCGGUACCAAUUACAUCAAUUGUUGUAAGUUUAUAUGUAAAUGAAGUUGUUUUUAAGUUUCUGCUAAUGUUAUAAUGCUUUAUAAUGGUCAUAUGUUUAUGUAAUUCCCAUACAUAUCUCAUUAUAGCUAUUUACUUGGUCUAACAGCUGGUUGGAUGAAUUAAAGUAUUUAAAUAAUAAUACAAAUAUGAAUAAUUUUGUUGAGAAUGUAUAGGUUAUUUUAGUUAAUAUUUCCCAGGGUUGCCGCAUGUAAUCAAUUAUGAAAAUAUUUGGAUGUGUAUUUGUCUCGGCAGCAACCCUGGCCAUUACAUCUAGCUCACAUUAUGUAUGGUAUGCUAGUUUUAUAGUAGACAUGUAUUGAAUUGUUCUGUCGGUAAUGUUGAUCUUUAGGAGGCAUAUCUGUAAUAAAUGUGUGUAUAUUGA